CAUCAUUGAAAAGCUUAGAAAAAACUCAGAACGCCCCAAGUAGACUUGAUAAUGACAAUAAGUGACGAUAAGAGACCAAUAAUUUCAUUUCCGGUUGUAUAUAUUGAGAUGUUGUUUUAUUGUGGGGUAAUUACGUGAGUGUUUGUGAAAUUUAAGGUCCUGAUGAAGUUUGAGAAACACUGCUUUAGUCCAGCGAUUUAAAGUUUCUCUGAACUAGAACAUCUAAUAGUUUUUGGUGCAGUUAAACUUCUACUUUGAAUGAAGGCCAAUGAUGCCAAGAUCAACUGAUGGGAAGAUACUGACUUCUAAUCUGGCGCCACAUAACCUGGUUGCAGAAUUGGAUGGACGGAUGUUCAUCAUGUUAUGUAACAAUCAGCUUCAGCUGUAAGUUUUGUGUUUUUGCUCUCACUGAUCAGAUGGAAGAACUGAACGCCCCCAUGAUGACGCGGCUCUGGGUGUUUGCCAUCGGCCUUGUCCUGAUCUCCAUUUUUGGCAGAUGUGCAACAUGGACCAAGAGUAAAUGCUGCUUCAUAACUUUUGCAGUGAUCAACGGCGUCGGAAUGGUCGUCAUGAUCGUCUUUGGGAUUAAUGUUGCUGUUUUAAAAAGCCAGGUCAUGGAAAAAGGUCAAAGUGCUGAAUUUGCCAAGGAGAUCCUGAAAAACGACGCAAAAAAAGAAUUGCUAAAAACCCGGCAAGAACAUCUUCACUGUUGUGGAUGGACUGGAGUCCAGGACUGGGGUUCAGACAUCCCUGACUCUUGUCACUGUAUAGACUGCAAACCUUCACAUGAAUGUAAACCCAGCCCACAGGGAUCCACCAGGCCAUCACAUGUCUACUGCAAGCCGUGUGGAGAAAUCAUUGGAGCUGAUGUUGAACAUGUGGCAAAUAUUGUUCUCGGCAUCUUUUUUGGAUUUGCUGUAGCUGCUAUGAUGAGUUUGAUCAUCGCCAUCAAAAUGAUUACGCAGUUCAGUCGUCAUGACAACGUCGGAGAGCCAGAUAUUGAAAUGAGGGUUUAUUAAAGUUAAUAUUUUGGAGGGUUUUGUGCCAGGAUGCAAGAAUAUUAUUCUCACUUUUUCUUUGUUUUGGUAAAAACUUUGACAUGAAAAUGCUUUGCAAACCAAACA